AUGAGGGUAACAGAGAUCAUAAUAGACGGCUUCAAGUCGUACGCCGUGCGCACCGUGAUAUCAGGAUGGGACGAGACGUUCAAUUCCAUCACUGGCCUCAAUGGCAGUGGAAAGUCCAACAUUCUGGACUCCAUCUGCUUCGUCCUGGGCAUAACAAACAUGACCACAGUUCGAGCGCAAAAUUUACAGGAUCUGAUUUACAAGCGCGGCCAAGCCGGAGUCACGAAAGCUAGCGUCACAAUCGUCUUCGACAACAGGGACAAGAACAAGUCACCGAUCGGUUUCGAGGAGUACGGCUCCAUCAGUGUCACCCGGCAGAUCGUCCUCGGCGGAACGUCCAAAUACCUAAUCAACGGCCACCGGGCUCAACAACAGACGGUACAGAACCUUUUCCAGUCUGUAGGGCUCAACAUCAAUAACCCCAACUUCCUCAUCAUGCAAGGAAAGAUCACAAAGGUUUUAAACAUGAAGUCGGUGGAAAUUCUGGCCAUGAUUGAAGAGGCGGCCGGUACAAGAAUGUUCGAGGACCGCCGGGACAAGGCACUGAAGACCAUGUCGAAAAAGGAAAUGAAAUUGCAGGAGAUACAAGCGCUCCUUCAUGAAGAAAUCGAGCCCAAGCUGGAGAAACUUCGUCAAGAGAAAAGGGCUUUCCUCGACUUCCAACAGACUCAAAAUGAUCUCGAACGUCUCACAAGACUAGUCGUUGCGCACGACUAUGUCAAGUAUCAGGAGCGGCUCGAACAAUCCGGUUCCGAUCUCGAUAGCAAGAAACAACGGCAGCAGGACCUUGAGGAGUCGGCUGUCAGGCUGAAGAGCGAGAUAUCCCAUUUGGAGGAAGACGUGCAAAGGGUCAAAUCUCAGCGUGACAAGGAGCUCCGAAAAGGCGCGAAAGCUCAGGCUCUGGAAGAAUCUGUAAAGAAGCUUUCUAACGAUAUUGUCCGUCUAGCGACAGUCAUGGAUCUGAAGAGGUCCAGCUUGACAGAGGAGCAAGACCGGAGGAUAGCAGGGGAGAAGAAUGUCGCAGAGCUUGAGGCUGCUUUGCAAGAAAAGACCAAUAUCUUCGACAAAAUGAAGGCAAAGCAUGACUCCGCCAAGGAAGAACUUGAAAGGCAGAGCCAGGAGGCCGAAUCCAAGGAGGAACUUUUGCAGACUCUACAAACCGGCGUUGCAUCCAAGGAAGGUCAGGAAAACGGCUACCAAGCCCAGUUGCAAGACGCGAGGAGUCGAGCCUCUGCUGCGGGUACGGAACAAGAACAAGCCAAGAUCAAGAUUGCUCACCUUGAGAAGCGCAUCAAGGAGGAAGAGCCGCGGGCCAAAAAGGCUAAGGAGCAGAAUGCCGGCUUGCUUAAAGAGCUCGAAGGUCUCAAAUCCCAGGCACAAAAACUCGAGAAAGAACUCGGCAAGCUCGGUUUCAGCCCCGGGGCCGAGGAAGACUUGUACAAAGAGGAGAGCAGCCUUCAGCAGAAGAUUCGCAGCUUGCGACAAGAAUCUGAUGCACUGAAGCGCAGGGUGGCCAACAUCGAUUUCAAUUACGCCGACCCAGUACCCAAUUUCGACAGAUCAAAGGUAAAGGGGCUCGUAGCUCAAUUGUUCACACUCGACAAGGACCACACCAGAGCUGGAACCGCCCUCGAAAUCUGUGCCGGUGGCCGCCUCUACAACGUUGUGGUCGACAACGAAGUGACUGGUACGCAACUGCUCAAAGGCGGUAAGCUGCGAAAACGCGUCACCAUCAUUCCUCUCAACAAGAUAGCUGCGUUCAAGGCGUCCGCGCAGACGAUUGCGACCGCUCAAAGGAUUGCACCGGGGAAAGUUGAUUUAGCUCUGUCACUUGUCGGCUACGACGAUGAGGUCUCGGCAGCCAUGUCAUACGUCUUUGGCAACACUCUUGUAUGCGAAGACGCCGACACUGCCAAGAGGGUCACGUUCGAUCCCAACGUCCGGAUGAGGAGCAUCACUCUCCAAGGAGACUCAUACGAUCCGUCCGGCACAUUGUCCGGUGGCAGCGCACCGAACUCCAGUGGAGUGUUGGUCACCAUGCAGAAAAUCAAUGAUCUGAACCGACAACUGAGGGAGGCUGAGGGAUCGCUCCGAGACCUGCAGGCCAAAAUCGCCCGCGAGAGGUCGAAGCUGGAUCAGGCUCGUCGAAUCAAGCAGGAGCUUGAUCUCAAGUCCCAUGAGAUCAAGCUGGCUGAAGAGCAGAUUGGAAGCAAUUCGUCCUCUUCCAUCAUCCAAGAGGUGCAGAACAUGAAGGAAACGAUCCUGCAACUCAAAACGGAUAUCCAAGAAGCCAAGAAGCGCCAUGUCGAGGCUACAGCAGAUGCCAAACGGAUUGAAAAGGACAUGAAGGAUUUCGAUAAUAACAAGGAUGGGAAAUUGGUUGAGUUGCAAGCUUCCUUAGACAAGCUACGGUCCUCCCUGGAGAAGAACAGAACGUCAGUCAAGACUCUCCAGAAGGAGCUACAAAAUGCCCAACUGGAUUCAGAACAGGUGUCUGGCGACCUCGCCGCCGCACGGGAGCAGCUCCAGGAGGUCGACAUGGCCAUCAAGGCUCAGCAAGAUGAGAUCGCUCAGACGUCUAAGCAACGCGAUGAACUCAAGGAGACCCUUGAAAAGGCCCAGGCCGACCUCGAUGGGGAGCGGGCAAAGCUCAGCAUCUUCGAUGACGAACUCCGCGCUCUGGAGGACGCGAUGCGGUCGAAAAAUUCUCGAAUCACAGAGGAAGGCUUGGAGAUGCAGAAGUUAGGCCACCAGGUCGAGAAAUUCCACAAGGAACAGCAAAAUGCCCAACAAGCUGUUGCUCACAUGGAGAAAGAGCACGAAUGGAUUGCCGACGAGAAGGACAACUUUGGCCGUUCUGGCACCCCAUAUGACUUCAAGAGCCACAACAUUGGAGAAUGCAAGUCAACCCUAAAGAACUUGACCGAGCGGUUCCAAGGCAUGAAGAAGAAGAUCAACCCGAAGGUCAUGAACAUGAUUGACAGCGUCGAAAAGAAGGAAGCCUCCCUGAAACACAUGAUGAAGACGGUUAUCCGUGAUAAGAAGAAGAUUGAGGAGACCAUCAUCAGCCUAGACGAUUACAAGAAGAAGGCACUGCAUGAGACGUGGGAGAAGGUGAACGCCGACUUUGGUGGGAUAUUCUCGGAGCUGCUGCCCGGAGGCAGUUUCGCCAAGCUGGACCCGCCAGAGGGCAAAACCAUUAGCGACGGUCUCGAGGUCAAGGUCUGUCUGGGCAAGGUUUGGAAGCAGAGUCUGACGGAGUUGAGUGGUGGCCAGAGAUCUCUUAUUGCCCUGUCGCUCAUCAUGGCGCUGUUGCAAUUCAAGCCCGCGCCGAUGUACAUCCUGGACGAGGUCGACGCCGCGCUGGACCUGUCGCACACCCAGAACAUCGGCCGUCUGAUCAAGACACGGUUCAAGGGUUCCCAGUUUAUUGUUGUCAGUUUGAAGGACGGCAUGUUCCAGAAUGCAAAUCGCAUCUUCAAGACACGGUUCAGCGAGGGUACGAGUAUGGUGCAGGCGUUGACCCCUGCGGAUAUAAAGUAG